AUGUUCUCUAAGGUUGCUCUCCUCGCUUCCGCCCUCUUCUUCGGUGGCGCGGUCGCCUACAACGGGAUUGCGUACCCCUACAACCCGGACGGCGCAACUUUUGAGUGUGGACAGGCCGUACAGAACGACGCCAACGUCGUCUUUGUGUCUGCCGCGCGCUUCGACGCGGCGCGUUGCGGUAAGGAGAUCCAGGCGACCAGUGUGUAUCACUCUCCUUUGACCCCGUCUCGGGACUACGCUCCUCCCUGUGUCCCCCCGAGCUUCGUCGCUGACAGCUACCCAGACCCAGGCGGCCUUGGUGACACCAUCUAUCCGACGCUCGCCGGUGUCGUUCGGUGCAGCAACUGCACGGAGAACGAUAUUCAACUCACCCAAGCUCCGUAUCAGGCCCUGACGAAGCGGCUGCCCAGCCAGCCCUACACCACCGUUGUUUGGGGCAACUGGAACUGA